AUGUCGGGAAAAGCAGUCAAGUCUUUUACAAAAUGUUUAAUAUUUCUCGUUAGAAACAAGAGAUUAUUUUGGAUAUUUGUGAUCUUGGUUUCUGGAUGGAACAUGGUUACAAUAUUCAUUCUUUUGAAGAAUAGAUACGAAACGGAUUCCACGAGUAUUGGAGUCUCCACUGCAUAUAGUCGUUGGACGAACACCUUUCCAUCGAUUGGAGUCUGCCUGUCGAAGAGUCGGAUAAAUAAAGAGUUUACAGAGGCUGUUCAGCGACGUUUUCCUGGAAAAAAACAACCCUACACCUACACAAGAACCUUAUACGAUUACCUCUUUAUAACCCCCAAUAACUUGUACAUAAAGCCGGAAUAUUGCCCAGAUAUAAAUUCUUCAUGUGGAGUUGAUAUUUUAGACAUGAGAAGAGAGUUAUUUCCCACAAAUUGUACGUCAUUUCUUGAAAAAAUAUACUUUGCGGAAAUAUUGCUACCGGACUGCGAAAAAAUAUUCAAGUUUCAUGAACUAGAAAUGGGUUACUGCUUUCUUGCUAACAAUUUUAUGGACUAUGACAGUACCGAAGAUAUGCCUUUGCAAUAUUCUUCCCUGGACAAAUACCGGAAUCUACGAUUGGUUUUGCGAAGUGGCUUGGUAUAUGGAUAUGAAUUAUUUAUUCACAGUCCUGAGGACCUGCCCUAUUUUAACGCUCUAAGCUAUGGAGUUUCCCCUGAUACUUCAAUACAUUCCUUUAAUGUCGAGGAGAUUCACAAUCACGAUAAUGUCAUUGAGGAGCCAAUUUCUCAAAGGCUUUGCAAAUUUCCUAGUGAAAGUACUAUUGAGGGUCUUCCUUACAGUUUUUCGAUAUGUAUGUCUCUCAUCCGAAGUGAAAUUGAGAUGGAACUCUGCAACUGCACUCUAUUUAGCCAUAAGGAUCGAAGUUCAAAGCACUAUUGCGGAGUGGCGAAUGUUUCCUGCUUGGAACACGGAAAACUGGCCGAGAAAGUGAAGAGCUAUGUUGGAUCUAAUAUGGCUUGUUUGCCAUCCUGCAUGGAACAACAAAUUAGUCUUGUCGGGUAAGUGACUGAUGAUAAAAGUAAAAUAAACGAAGAUGAGGGGUUAGUGGUCGAAGUACAAAUAGCAUCUGCACCCACUGCGAGAUAUUACAGAACAGUCACCCAGACCAAACUAGAUCUAAUAGUUGGAAUUGGAAGUGUUGUAGGACUCUUCUUCGGGGCAUCUUUACUUAAUAUUUUGGAAAUAAUCUCAUAUUUUGUAAAAAAAAUUAAAACUAUGCUUUUAGGUUAG